GAGAAUUAUGGCGCUAAAAUAAGCUAGGGCGCAAGGCACUAUAUACCCUAGGGCGUAAUUUGAAUUGUAAAUUGCAUGGAAGUUCCCACGAAGUUCCCAAGUGUGCCUGCUCAUGAAAAAAGUAUUCUGUGUACUGAAGGUAUAAAACCAGAUGGAUAGCUCUGGCAUACAGAGUCCUCAAUGCAACAGCACUAUGAAACCAUCAAGUACAAAAUGUGUGGGAGGAAGUUUGCUUCAGUUCUUUCAAAAGAAGGUUGAAUUGCCUCAGUCACAUACUGCAGAGACUGAAAGGAGUGAAAAGCCUGAAACCCUUGGAAAUUUACCUUCAGAAGGACGAGAAAAGGUAAAUGGCACUGUAUCAUCCAAAGAACAGGAUGCUCACAAAAGAAAAGGGCAUGCAGAGAGAAGAAGACACUCAAGAAAUGAAACCAGAGCUCAGAAUUCAAGCAGUGCAUCUGAAAAGACUGAAUUGGAGAAUAUCAAAAGCAAAAAAUCAAUCAACAAUGGUGCCAAUGAUGAACCCAGAAAGCCAAAGCCAUCUGAUCAUGAAGAAGAUUUGAAGGACAAGAGUGCAUCUAGAUUAUCCUCACAAAACCCUUUCCAGAUUCUUAUGCAGUCUGGGAAAAAGAAAGGGGUGUGGGAUAAACCAGCUGCUAAAGCCAAAGAAGCAGAAGCCAUGCUAUCAGACGAUGAGUGUGUUGAACUGUGUAAGGAAAAGAAGGACGAAAAAAGGACAUUGCCUGGGGAAGGUGAAGCCAAACCAGAAAAUGUGAAAUAUUUUUCCAUCUUCUCACCAAAGGCUAGAAAAAAUCAGGUUCAGUCUGGUUUGGACAAUGAUGCUAAUUCAGACACUCCAAACAAAGGUGAUAAAGUAGACAAAACUUCUAAAAAGUCUGGAGCUCAGAAUUUGGCUAAAGAGAAGCAGAAGUCCUCAAAAAGUAGCCAAAGAUCAUCAAUAGCUGGAAAAGAGUCAUCCAAGAGAAAGAAGUCAUCAGAAAUAUCUGAGGAUAAUACAAACAAGGUCAAGUCCAAGAAAUCCAAGUCAAGUCCAAGAGAUUCAAAGACAUCUGUGGAUCACAGUGAAAGAUCAUCUGAAAUUGCUCGCAAGAGAAAAGGGAUUGAAUCAGAAUCUGUUACAAAGGUGACACCACACUCAACACCCAAAAAGUCGCGCCUCAAAGUUACUAGCGACAGUGAUUUUGAACCUGAGGAUGUGAACAGUGGCAAGCGCAAGGGGCGGACGCCGUCCAAAUCCCAGAGCGGUAGCAGCAAGCGUCCCCGUACUGACUCCGCAGCACGCACCGAUGCGAAGUCUCCCACCAAACCAGCGACUCUGUCCGCCGCCCAGAAACUCGUCAAAAAAUCGCGGAAACAGGCGAAACGGAGAUCUGGCGACGCGUCCUCACGGCGCGAGUCAGCCUCCUGCACCAAAGCCGGAGCGAAGCAGACCCUGCUGACGGCAGGACGAAAGCCUGACGACGCGUCUUCCGCUGCCUCCGCCACGGCCAGUCCUCGGCGCCAGUCGAGUCGGGCGGAGAAGAAGCAGAGCCGAGCAGCUCCGAGUGACAGUGAACUCGAGUUCACCCCGGGACGGAAGUCGAGCAGUCGACGGAGAGACGCGAACGCAGACACUACGCCCCGGCAUACCUCUGGACGGAAACGGUCACGGACCGGACGGAACCGACCGACAGAGACCAGCGGGAGCGAACUGGAAGUCACGCCUGUGAAGAAACCAACCAAGCGAACAUCUACAGUCACUCGGCGCCGACUCAGUAGCACGGACAUCGAAGUGCUACCUUCAGUCGUCGAGUCCGACGGACCGCGACGCUCUCCGGAGCGGCGCCGCUCGUCCCGUCCUCGGAGACCAAUGGUGCUCAGUGACAGCGAGGUGGAGUCGUCACCUGUUAAACGGCCCGCCCGCCGGUCCCGUGCUGCGCCUCCCUCGACCGCCGCUGACGGCGAGUCGCCGGCUCCGCGCCGCUCCUCCCGUCCGACCCGACCGGUCCGCCGGCUGAGCGACAGUGAGGUCGAGGUCAGUCCCAUGAAGAAGCCUGCGCGUGGAAAACGCUCGUCUGCGGUGGAUGACCCGGAGGUCGUCCUGGUGCGAUCUCGCUCUGCGGGUCAGCCGUCAACCGGCGCGCGGCCCGCUCGCGGCGGUGUGGACGCGUUCCAGAUGCUCCGCCGCGGCGGCCGGCCUCCCAAGGAGACGGCUGCAGAGAAGGCUGCUAAUGAGGCUCGGCGUGCCUUCCUGGCUAGUGGAGUUCCAGAGCGACUGCAGGUGCAGGCGGAGGUGGCCAAGCGUUUGGAGGAGUCGCUGACGCCUCUGUUCCCGGAGGUGAGCCACGUCCUCCAGCGCGGUGACGAUCAGCCGGCCGCUCUGCCGGGGAGCCCUCCCCCGCUGCCGCCCGGUCUGAGCUGGGUGACCGAGCCGCUGCAGCCGUCACCGCUGGCUGUGAACCUGACGACUCCAGUCGGUGAUCUGGUUCCGGGUGUGGCGACUCUGCUCGGCAGGAAACCUGAGACGCCAGAGGCGGCGGCCGAUGUAGGUGCCGGCGGGGAUGCUAGCGGUGAGGUGACGUCCAUUGCUGAUCCUAGCACUGAGGAUGCGGCGAAGACGGCCGUCGACCCAGGCGAACCAGCCGACUCCAGUUCGUCCCCGGCCUGCCUGCCCCGUCUCUCCCAGCCCGAGUGUGCCGCCUCUCUCCGCCAGCUCCUGGACGCACUCAGCGAGUCCUCCACCCCCGUCCCCUCUGGUACUACCUCCUCAUCAGCCACCUCCACCGGCGCUGCCUCCACCACCCCCUCCGCAGGCCCGUCUCUCUGGACGGACAGAUUCCGACCGCGUCACCACGACGCGUUCGCCGGCGCCUGUCUGCCGGCCGGUGACCUGCACGAGUGGCUGGCCGAGUGGCGCGCCCCCUCGUCAGGAGUAGACUGGGAGGAUGACGGCAGCGAGGAGCCCGCCUCGGACGGCACCGUGCUGCUGCUCGGACCGACCGGCUGCGGUAAAACCAGCGCCGUGUACGCCGCAGCGGCGCAGCUCGGUUUUCAGGUGCUGGAGGUUAGUGCGUCCAACCGCCGCUCGGGGCGCCACCUGUCCUCCCAACUGUCAGAGGCCACCCAGUCCCAGCGGGUCAGCCUGCUGGGCGGCGGUAGCGGCGGUACGACAGCCGACCCGCCCAGCCGCAGUCUGCUGCUGCUCGAGGACGUUCAACUCGUCUCUGAGGAGCUCGAUGACGGAUUUCUCGCGGCCGCUGCCAGCCUGGCCGCCGCUGCCAAACGACCAGUGGUACUCACCAGUGACGACCCAGCCGUGACCCGCACCCGGCUGCUGCGCGCGCUGCCGCACCGGCUUCUGACGGCCACCGCGCCGGCCGCGGCCGAGCUCCGCGUUCGUCUGGUUCUGGUGGCUCUCAGUCAGGGCUGGCUGCUGCCGGAGCGGGUCGCCGCGCGGCUGGCCGGGGCAGGGGACGCGCGCCGCGCCCUCCUGCAGCUGCAGUGGCUCUGUGAGGGCCAGCCGGACGGCGCAGAGACGGUGGACACGUGGCAGGCGCUGACGGAGGCGCAGCUGGAGCCGAUGGAGGAGUUCGUAGACCGCCUGCCGCCGACGCUGAAGGUGGUGCGGCUGACGGACUGUGAGUCGGAGCCGGCCGAGACGGCGGCGGGGCUACCGACGGUACCAGCCGGUCGCCGGCAGAGCGGCUGGACCAUGCCGACGCCAGAGGUCGCCGCUGGGUAUGACGGCCAGACUCGGCGCCGCUGGCGGUGCGUCGACCCGGACCUGUUCUCAGACGAGGACGAAGCCCGACCGCCGGCUCCUAGCCCGGCCCCGGCCCCGGCGGCGGAGGCUACCCCGGCGCAGAGCGAGGAGGAGACUCCACCGGAGGACCGCGUGCUGCUGGCGGAGUCGGUGGCGGCGCUGAGUGACCUCUAUGACCUCCGCUCGGAGUGUGACGCUCUGGUAUCUCCGGCUGACCGGCUGGGCUCCGGCUCCUGGUGGCGGCGGCGGCCCCAGGCAGACAUGGCCGAGUCUGAGCAGCCCCGCUGUGUGACAGAGGAGCGGUGUGACCAGCUCGGGCAGCAGCUGGCGGCGGAGGCGCUCGGAGCCGCCGGCCGCCGCUGCGCCGACCGACUGCGGGCGGCGCGGGAUCGGUUCGCGUCCAGCGGUCGACCCGAGCCGGAGGGUCUGCGUCUGCCCCUGUAUGAGGAGGAGGGGGUCCGGCAGACAGCCUGGGAGCACCACUCCCGCCUGGCGCCGGCCGUGCCCAGUCUGCUGCUGAGCCGGCGAGCCGCCGCCGCGGACCUGCUGCCAUCUAUCCGCCGCAUCUGUAGGCUCGAGUGCCACCGGCGGGCGACAGAUGGCGGGAGGACGAGGAGAUUCCUGCACUACUUCGACCAGAUGGGGCUCCAUGCCGUCCCGAGCGGGCUGAGAACGCAUGUCUGCGAGAGCCUGAUGUGAUUGCUAGUGUCGUGAGCUGGAAUGUCUGCUGUUAGCUAAGGUGAUGUUUGACCGCUGCGCAAAACCUCAGUCCUCUGGACGCAUGCAUGCGGGGUUGGGAGCGGACGGUCGCCGAUGUAUUGGUACUGGUGACCGCAUGUGAUUUUUUUGACGCUCGUAGGGGAAUGAUUUGGGUAGAGGUGUUUGCACGUUGCUUGGUUGAAGUGCUAGGCCAAUUUUAUACCGCGAAGGCAAUCCCUGAAUGGUAUGUCUCGUUCGUGGUAAGAGGGACCAGAUGCGUGCCUUCCAGUUCAUAUUUGUGUACAAAGGGCUAAGGGCAUUUCCGCUCAGUAUGAGAUUGUGAGCCUCCUGCCAAAAUGCGUCCACAAUAAACACUUUUU